UCCUUUUUAAACUGCUUUUAGGAACCAGCUUUUAAGUAGAAGUGGCCUCUUGGACUCAGUGUUGCCUUGUGGCAGAACCGAAAAGCUAACAAGACGUCAUAAUCAACUUGCAUAGGAAAUCUACUGGACGAUACAAUGGCUGAGUUUUUUAUUUGUUUCAACUGGUGCAGUAGUGAAGAGCCCCAAUCAAAGAGGCGUCGGAGACUAGAUCGGAGUAUGAUAGGAGAACCAAUGAACUUUGUGCACACGGCUCAUGUUGGAACAAGAGAAAUGAUUAAUGGUUUAGCAUCUGCUGGGUCAGUUCAGGACUAUAUGAAGUCUAAAGGUGGCUAUGCAAAUGAUAAUUCUACAAAUGCACAGCUAUAGAAAAAAUGAAAGAAAGGCUGAAGCACCCAUGCUGAAAUCCUGAAAAUCUGUAUUGCUAGAAGGCCUCACUUGUUUGCACUGAUAUUGCAGGAUAAACUGUACUUCCCCAGUAGCAUGUCGUAGUUCUGUACUUCUCUAACCUAGCUCUUCAGGUGUUUCACAGUCUAAAUCACUGGUCUUUGCUGGAACUGUUGGUGUUGACUUCUCACCUUAUAGACAAGAAUUUGUUUUCCAAUAUCAUUGAUUUUUACCUGUUUAGAAAAAGGCUAGUGAAGCUUCAAUGGCACUGCAAGGCUUUUAUGAUGGUUACCUAACUUAAACCAAGUCCCAGGUAAAUGUGAGGGAAAGAUGCCUUUCCAUCACUUGGCUCACUAGUACAGUUUAUCACUUCCACAACUGCUGGGUAAGACUGGAUUGACCUUUGGAAUGCUCACAAACUGUAUGAUGAUGCUGCACAUAUAUAUUAAAUAUACUGUAUUUUAAACUUUU